UCAAAAGAGGGUGUUGUGUGAAGCUGUCAGAGCAGAUAAAGUUCGUGUUAUUUUCUGGAAAAAACCUGAAUCGAAUGGGGAACUAAAGUGUUCCAAUUAUUAUUUAUGUACUAUUGGAAUGUCCAGUAACAAUGUUAGUCGGGAUUGUUCAUCCAGCCGCUAAGGAGCUAUAAAGAUGUCAUGCCGUUGUCCAGUCUGGGCUGCACUUUGCCAACAUAAAAAAAUUGGAUGCGAAAACCAAACAUUAGGACAAGAACUGGCAUGAGAAGUUUCCUGCUGGCGAAAAAUCCUGUUGGAGUCAAACAAUGAGUUCCAGACCGAACUCUGGCUCCCGAACUUCAACAGGACAUAGAAGAGUGGAAUCUGGAGCUCACCACCGUCAUAGCUCGUCCAGUUCUGGACACAAUCGAUCAGAUUCUGGGCAAAACUUAGGCUCUGAUCAGCCGUCUGAGAGGCGGCAUGGGCAUCAUCGGUCAAAGAGCGGUGUUCAUGCAUCCGAGAGGGAUGGUUAUACUGAGUCUGACUUGCAUAACAGGGUUGAAUUUCGUUCGAGUCAAGUUGUGAAUGUAGAUCAGCAUCCGCCCUAUUCUCGCCCUACCUCGCUGUAUCCGCUGAAGAACAGUCACGACAGCGGAUUGGUCGGGCCGGAUGCUCUGCAGCCUGAGCGAGAGCCAAUCAAGUUCGAGAUCAAUCUGGUUGGCGCUCCGCCCGAAGUUGAGCAGCUGGUUAACAAUAUCAAGCAGGUGGCUGAGCAGUUCCUUUACCACUGGAAAACGUUCCCCAUUAUUCUCCCAAGUCCGGUGUCACAAUGUGAUAGUUUUCCAACUUCCCAAGUUUCUUCAGAUGGUUCUCUGGGGCGGUCCAAAAACAAAUACCAUCUUAGGGAUUUGUUUAUCGCGCCAUCGUUUGAUGAGCUGGACGCAGUGGCUGUUGAUGCAAAGGGGGAACCCAGGAAAUUGUCAGGCAAGCAACUGGAGUAUAUAAGAGAACGGGGCUUGCACAAGGAUAAGUUUGGAAAACCAAAAAGGUUGAACCAGGAACAACUAGAAAGUAUUAGAUUAUAUGGGGAAUUCGAGGUCGAUUCUUUGAACUUUCCUGGGCAGCAGCAUCGCUGGAAACUAUCGCAACUGCUGCAAAAAGGCACCGAGAACAGCAGCAAUUCGCUCUUAAACGAUUUGGCUUUGGCUUUGCGCUUUAUAUUCGUCACUGCUAAAGGACGCUUGUUUUCCCAGUUUUUUAGUGUUAAGGAAGCCGCCAAGGCUUUGCUGGCUGGUUUGCUAAGGAUUUUGGAUAUUUUCGUCGGAAUUCCUAGUUUGCAGGCCCACAAUUUAGAUGCCAAAAUACGAGAGGAGCGAAGCAAGUAUUUGGUGGCUGAAUUAGUGUGCAGGGUAGAAAAUGAAGAUGCCUUAGAAAUGUUGUGUUCCUACAUAAAAAAGCAAUUGCGUCGGGCGGCAACGGAAAAAUUCGAAGUAGCUAGAGAAUGUAGCCAGCCGCCAGUUUCACUUCCGUACCGAUUUCUAACUCCUUCUGGAUACGAACUCGAUUUGCGUUUGUGGGACCGCACUUCAAUGCGCAAGGCUUUGCCUGUUUUAGUAGCAAUACUGGAAAGAGAGACGAGAGGCUGGUUUUUGCAUUUUCGAGAGCGAUUGAUUGCGGAAUUGAGAGCUCAAAAAAUGCCCGAUGAGGAUAUCGAAAGAGAGGUCAAUGAUGCUGUGAUGAAGGAAUAUUUACAGCGAGUUUACAACAGUAUUCUGUCCCAUCCAGAUAUUAACGGGUUAGGAGAAGGCAUUGCUCAACUGCUGGUCCAGCAGGCGCAGAGCGUAGUUUUAAUGCAUAAAGCGGUGGAAAAUGUACAACAUCGACUGCACAAGACUCAGGAAGAAGUUAAAAGUAGGCUGAGAAACAUCCAUCCAAUACUAUCUAGAAUAGAGCCCUGGCUUAGGGCGAAACUAAGAAAUUCCGAACAGAGGUUUAGUCAGGAGAAUCAGUGGAGCGCGCACGAAGAGGCUUUGGCGCUGUGUAGCUCGCAACGUUUACACCAAACUGUUUACUUUUUAAAUAGGGACUUGGCUUUUAUGAAAGAGAGGGAACCGGCUUUGCUAAGAGAGCUUAAAAAGGUCAAGACGCCCACUAGGAGUUUUUUAUGGCCCACUCAAAUUUGGCUGCCUACUAACUGGAUAGUGCGCAGAAACUUUCAGGGGCAGUCUGAUGUUGUUCCCACAGUGCUCAGCAAACACGCUACUAGUAUAACCACUCCAAGAUCCGAUCCUAGUCAACCGGUUUUUUUGGUGGAAAAGGAAACAGUCCGCACAACCACAACGCGAUGGCCGCUCUGGCGAAUUUUCAACUACUUCCAUCGUACUUGGUGCUGGACAUGGAAUGCGAUGUUUUUCUUCGGCAUUGUUAUACCGUGGUGCAGUCCGUUGGGGUUGCGGGCCCUGUUUCUCAUCGAACCGUUCAUGCCCGACUUGGAAUUGUCCCAAGUAAACGGCACUCUAUUCCCGAGAAAAUCUAGUCUAACGGCCACUUUAUCCUCGCGGCUUUUAAGCCUCUGGAGGCACAUUUCUAAGUCGCGGACGCAUUUCGAAACCGAACCAGAUACCGGGUUUAUUGGCAAAGGUUUCACUAGGCACUUGAACAGGAUUUGGAACUACUUCUUCAAAGGUCUGUUUGGCACCAUUGGAUUGGUGUUUGUGUUCCCCUUAGUGUGCUUCCUUGUGAUUAACAUCAGCGUCUUCAUAGCCUUCACCGCGGUUAUUUGGAUGCCUUUGCUAACGUUGGUGGUUCAGAUUACUAACGGCAUUGUAUACGAUUUAGAUAGCCCGGAGCCGCAGAUAAAUCGCUUUUCCAUCUUGUUCGAGGCGUUGCUCUGGAGGCUAGCUGUACAAGGAUGCAUUCAGCCGAUUGCAGCCAUCUUCAUAGCUGUGUUUGUGUGUCCCGUUAUUGCCGUUGCGAUUCUAACGGUUGGAAUUGCCCGAUAUUGGUUCAGGCUUCUGUGGGAUGCUUCGCUGUUCCAUUUGAUAAUCAAAAAGCGAGGCAGAAUACCUGCGUGUGACAGUUUUGCUGUUAAGAGAAUAGCAGGGCCAGGCUUGGCGGCAGAUUACUACUUCCAAAUUAGCCCAGAGCAAGCGCUUGCGGCUUUUGAAGCCAAGAUGGAGUGGGAUGAACUGGCAGCUUACCAAACAGUGGUUGAAAGCACUGUAGUCCAACCGCAGAAGGAUUUCAGCCAUUUCAUUGAUGCAUGUUUCGGCAGCUUUUCCGCGCAGCUGUCCAAAAACGGCCCGUAUAAAAACUUGGAAAAGGAGGCCCAAGAUCUGCUAUCGGUGUUGCAUGAGAAGCUGGAGCGCCGAAGACGCGAUUUGCAAACCGGUCUGAGUGUGACGGUUAAAAGCAAGAUCAAGCUGACCACUUUGGAGCUGAAAAUCGCAAUACAACAAGGAGCGAUGAUGCUGGAAAAGUUCUACCCAAGUCGCAUUUUGCCGAAACUUGAAUGCACUGAAGAUGAGUUUUGGGAUAGCAGGACGUUGAGCACGGGCGAUUGGGCAGGGCUGGCUGCGCUUCUGUACUCUGAGCUGUUUAGCUUGGAUUUUCUGACGCCGCUGGAUCAUACCGAUACGACAUUUCGGCUUGAUGCCCAUCCUCAGGCCGAUCUUACCAGAUAUACGGAGAUGGUUCAGUGUGCGCAGCUUGGUGCUGGCGGUCCGGAUCUGUUGGGCAACGUGUACACGCCGAGAGGAAACAUUCAGGUCCACUCGCCUUACUUGGAAGUAUCGGCUUUCAAUCCCAGAGCCAAACAGUCAGCGACAGGGAAAAAGACCGAAAAGAACACUGAGAGCUCGCCUCCAUACAACUCGCUCAAAGGCAUCAGAUCGACGCUGUGGAUGCCUUGGAAACGAUACUACAGACCAUAUUUGCCCGAUAAAUUGGUGAUUCCGUUGCCGGUGCCUCAUCCCGCUCAAAUAGCUGUGACUAUCUAUAACAGAGACUCGGACGAUCCGAUUAUACUCGAAACCGAAGUUUGCCAGAGCCUGCUGAGGUGCAUUGAAGAACAUCAUGCGUCGCCCGAUGAUAGUGGUAUUGGCCGUUUUCGAAAUGGUGACGACUCGUGCGGCACCAUGAGCUCCAGUUCUGGUACUCUGGACAGUCCACCAACUAGAGUCGAUAACUCGAAUCCAUCAGACGAAGGAGUCUAUCAGUGGACGUUGAGCAAUUGGGGCCAGCGCAAGCGAAAUAAUUCGGGCAGCGUUCGAGUGGACCUGGCCAGUCCUGAAGAUGUUACUCUGGACAGUGACAGUACCCGUGUAGUUUUUAGUGCCUACGGCACUACAGUAUGAAGGUAUUCAGUUAUGCUCUCUGUAGUGAGAUCACCUAACCCAUCCAUGAUUUUUACGAAACGUAUUAAGGUGUUUAGACUUUAGUCGAUUGUGUUUGUCCAUUCAUUGCAUUGCCUGCUAUUGUUCGAUUGCCAGAUUGUUUCUCUAAUCAAUUCAAUGUUUGAAGGUUCCCGGUUCAUCUAAUUUCAAAAUAUUCAGGGCUAGUUUUCGUCUUUGCUGUUAAAAAAAAAAUCUCGCCGAAAAACAGCAGUUUUAACGAGGUAUUGAGAUUUUCUAUAGUAUUAUUAUUGCAUUUACCUGUCUAGAAGCGUCCGCGAAACUAAUAAAGGUAUGCUUGAAUAGCGGGUUUAGACUGGUUUGCACUUUAUCAAGGCUAUUUUUUUGUAUUAAAAGUUUGUUAGAUACAGAUAUUUGGGUGUUGAAUCAGCUAAGGCACAUCAUGUGAGUGUCGCUAAUGCUGAUAUUGUCUAUGUUUAUUUAUUAUUGUACUGUCUAAAGAAAACGGGCGAAAGUUGCGAAGUACAUUUCGUACAAAGUUCCCUUUAGAAGUACAUUUUAAUCAAAAGACUCUAUCCACCAGUCCCAAACCCGCUAUCCAAACGCACUUAUUGCAUACCAGCGAUGUUUUAUCGCCUUUUAAAUCAAAAUUUCCAUCUGGAGUCCUAAGGAAACAUAGCAAGCGUUCCACCUGAACUCGAAUAGAAUGUGAACUAAGUAACAAAGUAAUCAAUUAACUGGGACACUGUGUUUGUAAGUCAUGCUGCAACUAGAUAUGAAUUGUUCACUCAAGCAAAGUUUGUUUACUGAUCGCAAAAUAUGUAUAAAUAUUGACGGUUUGUGGAAACUUUGCUCGACAAAAUGCAAUUAAACAUCUUGACAUUCUUUUCGUUAGAUAUCGAAACACCUGUUUAGGAAUUUUAUUAUUUUGCGAACACAGUGGAAGUUUUUCAAUGUUCCUAUCUGAACACUCAGCACGUUCAUUGAUAAUCUAGUUGGGACGGCUAAUUUGAUUUGGCUAAACAAUUAUCAAUUUAUGAUUUGUCUUAUUGUGAUAUUUUUUUAAAUCAUUUUGUCUAUACAAAAAAAUUAUUUUAUCCGUCGAUCUGAUCGCACCGAAUAUUUAUUUGCGUUGUUAUACUUUACUACAGCUUUAAUUUUUUUCUAGUGAUUGUUUUAUUUUAUAUUUUAUUAGAUAUACAUUAUACACGAGUACCUAUAUUAAGUAAAUUGGUUCAAGACAAUUUUAGAUUUACACACAGUGUUUGUGCUAGGCUUUCUGUUGAUGUUUGGUGUUAAUAAUAUAAUGCUAGACGAAAUUACAUUAAUAAGACAAUGAUAUUCAAUCGCUCGCUCAGAUUUUCAUACUUGCGUCGAAAACUAAACUUAGACAUGCCUGUAGUACAAUCUAGCACAAAGUCUCAUGUUAAAAAAACGCUUACUGUGAACAUCGUUCAGAAUAAUAUUACUAGAAGCCAUUAAGUUAAGGAGUAAAUUAAUUCGAUUAGCUUUAGUGUAUAUACGCUUAUUUUGCCGUUAAUAUAGCAUUGUACAGAAUGGUUUAUAUAACUUGUAUAUUAUUUUCUUGACAUUUAUUGAAAUGUUUUAUGAUUUUUCCAAUUACAAAAUGUGUUUCUAAAGAAGUUCUCCGCUUCGACUUUGGCAAUUUACUAAAGCGACUCAUCUAAAUAUAUGGUGCAGAUAUU